AUGUUGAUGGCUCAAGAUCUUUCCUUCUCUAGAACCCUAAACCCUACGUUCUCUCCCUUCCCAAUCCAACCCAAAGCCCUAACCCUUAAACCCCGAUUGCUAUCUACUGUAUCGCUUUCCCGCCGGAAUGCCUCUUCUCGAGGAGAAAUACGUGCAUUCGCCGGCCGGAGCAAGAAGAAACCCGGAGGGACCUCCCCGGGUAGAAUCGAGGGGAACCCUGAGUACCUGCGGCAAGUUAAGCGCAGUGCGCGGCAGAAGUCUCGCAAGCUGGCGGAGUCCUUCUUUUAUCGGCUGAAAAACCCGAACAAGAACUACGCCGAUAACUUCUCAGAGGAGGAGCUGAACUUAAUUGGUCUCGGGUACGACCGGAUGGUCAGGUUCAUGGAUAAGGACGACCCGAAUCUCAAACACCCCUAUGAUUGGUACAAAUACGGCGAGUUCGGGCCUUACUCCUGGCGGGGAGUGGUUCUUGGUGAUCCAAUAGCAGGUCGUUUCACUGAUGAGCGGGUAACCAUGUAUAGCGAAGUCAGAGACCAAGAAGAAUGGGAGAAGAUUGAGCAAUUUGAAAUGGAGGUUGAUUUUGGAGAGAGAUUGAAAAAAUUGGAUAAAAAUGUCGGCUUUAGGCAUUAUUGGGUGUUUGUUAGGCACCCAAAAUGGAGACUAAGUGAACAGCCAUGGCAGCAGUGGACAUUGGUGAGUGAAGUAGUUCUGGAGGCUGGUAAACAGAGGAUAGAUAAGUGGAAUUUGAUGGCUAGAUUAGGGAAUCAAACUAGAGAAUUGAUAACACAGUGUGCUGCUUGGUUUAGGCCAGAUAUUAUCUAUGUCAAGAGGCCAGUUUAUCAAUGUAGGUUUGAGCCUCAAGUGGAUUUUUUCAGGGCUUUGACGCCAUUGUUGGAUCCAAAAACGGAGAGAGAUUUUAUGUGUGAGCUGAGGAAUGAAGAGGAUGGUGGGAAUGUGGAAAUGUGUACAUAUUUUGAAGGCUUGUGUAAGAUUGUGAAGGUGAGUCGGAAGGCGUUCGUGGAUGAUGUGGUGAAUGCAUAUGAGAAGUUGAGCGAUGAGAAGAAGUCUUUGUGUUUGGAGUUCUUGCUCAUGAACCAUCCGGUGCUGUUGUUGCAUCCGUAUACCAAGGAGUGGAAGGCUAAGUUGGAGGAAAUGGAGAUGGGCUGUGAUGCACCAGAUGAUGAUGAUGAUCAUAAUAGUAAUGAGAAUGAGUUCACUGAUUGGAUUGAGGAUGAUGGCGAUGGUGAUGAUCGAGAAGAUGUGGUCGCGGAUAUGGAAGAGGGCUGGGAUGAUGGUGAAUUGGAAACUGAAGCGGGGGGUUUGAAUGAAGAAGAAGAAGAUGAUGAAGAAGAGGAUGAGAAGUACUGGGAAGAGAAGUUUAGGAAGGAAGUGAGUAGUGCAGAAGCAAUGGAGAAUCUAGCUAGAUGGAGCGUAGAGACAACUACUGAAUUGUAUAAGAGGCAGUUAAAGGCAAUGGAAACGCGGGAAAAGAUAAAAAAUAAAGAUGAAGAUGAAACUGCCUUGAGAGGUGUUAGAGCAAAAGUGAGUCCAGAAGAAUGGAAAGUUGCAGGAAUUGGCAGAUGGAGGAAGAGGAUUCGUAGGAGUAAAAUUCCUCCAGAGUUGUUCUUGCGAGCAGCAGUUAGACCCUUCACUUACAGGAACCUUGUCAAGGAGAUAGUUUUAACUAGGCAUGCAAUUUUGGAUGGUGAAAUUGGUAGGCAGGAAUGAAGCGUUGAGUGUCUUCAAUUUCUAGUUUCAGUAAAAAAAUAAAAUAAAAUAAAAUAUUUAAGUUUUCUUGAUUUUA